AUGCCCAACAUCGCUAGUCUGAUUUCUACUACUGAUGGUAUGAGUGAAUCGACCCAGAAUGGCAGCGAUAUAGCAGAUAUAAAAGCCAAACUCAUCAAGGUAUCACCUUCGCUGCUGGAUUUUGAUUCCUCAUUUUGGCUGAUUCAAAGAGACAUCCUCACCCUCCUCAGCCAGCCCUCCAAUGAAGCACCUAAAAGAAACCUUCAGGCUGCUGAUGCCCUACUGAUCUGGUACCUACGGGCCGUUCAAGCGCUCAAGGCCGGGGCAGACCCAACAUUGGUACCGCUGGACGACAUUUUUUCAGAUUCAGUCUUCAAUUGGGUCACGGGAUCGCUCAACUUCUCCCAUGGAGCUCAGGCUAAUGCCGGUUUGGGACUUCUACGAAGACUCGUUCAGCUUCUACUUUUGUUGGAUAGAGCUAAGGGUGACGAGCUUUGCACGAAAUGGGCCAUAUCUGUGUUUCACGACCUGUCACUCAAAAAAGAGCAUUUCCAGAUAAUCGAGACCUUAGCGAAAGAAUGUCCUCAGGUAUCUCAGGGCUUCAAAGAGAAUAUUCCUGGUUUUGUUGAGGUGCUCGUUUCAGCUUGUGCUUCUGGAGCUGUUGCCAAUGCUGCAGCGAAAUGCCUAGCGGCUUUGCUUCAGAACCUACAAACGGACUUCUCAGAAGGCGAGUUUGUCAACUACUGGGCUACCCCUGUCGUCUCAGGUCUCCAUAACCCAAAAACAUCGUCAAACAUUAUUCAGCAUUUACUUCCCAUCUUACUUCGCAUGACCCCCAAUUCCGUCGAGAUUCUCAUCAAGAACCAUAUAGAUGCAUCCCAGCCAGAGCUUCUUCUAGCUGUGCUUAAUGUUAGCCAAAAACUCUCCAAAUCAAAAGAUCCUAUAGAUAGCGGGAUCUUGACAGAGGGUGAGAUGUUUGAGCUUAUGGUCUCUGACACAGAGAGCAUACGUCUUUCGGCUUUACAACUAGUGGUCUCAACAAUCAAAACAAGUCGUAUACCUUCAGCACACAUCCUUAAACUCCUCACUGACGAGUGUAUACUCGAAGGAUUUGUGGAGGAUUCAAGAUCAUCCGAGACAAGAGAUGCAUUCUCGUCUACAAUCAGAAAAGCCGUCAUCUCUUUAAAGGACUGUUACAUCCACAAUAGGGAGUCGUCACCAGAAGCCAUCAAAGGAGUUUUUCAAUGGCUUUUGAGUUACUUUAUGAAGAAGCUCUCGCCAAGUUCAAGCUACCUGCUGCUUCUCAUUGCAUUUGACUUCUUUGAAGUUUUGGUCGAAGAAGAAUUCGACGGUGUCGCCCGAAAGAACACCCAAAAGCUGAAAAACCUUAUCCCAGUGUUGGAAGUUUUUACGCUGUCCUUUAAUUCCGUCAUGCUUCGCUUCACGACAAACAAUUAUGAGGAUAUCAGAGGAAAGGCCAGAAAGCUACUCCAGACAUGCCCUAGUGGCCUUUUGUUUGAUGAACUGGACGGCCUAUUUUCUGAAUAUUUGAACAAUGCCAUAGAAGCUUUGAAAUCUGUGCAAGGCAGGAAAAGCGAUGAAAACGUCAAUUUGCUCUUGCUUCUUGCGACUCAUUACUCAACGAACCAACGAAAGCUACUCGAAUUCAUAAGAUUAAUCCAAGAAAGACUCCUCCAAGUCAACGGAGAGUCCCCACACGGCUUUUACACAUUCUUUUCCAAAGCUUUCCAGACAUCACCAGAGUUUUUCUUGGAACAAGAGACAUACUCAACUGAACUCUUUCGAUGUCUUCUCAAAUGCUGCCAGAAACUGUGGCAGCAGUACAAAGCCAAUACAACAUUUGAGACUUUGGAAGACAGUGAUGGUCUAGAAGCAUCCUCAUGGCGACCUGUCCGUGAGUCCGCUCUACUAUUGGAUACAAUGAUUGCGUUGAACAAGAAAUCCCGCUUUGUCUUUCUAGAUAACGAACUAUUCCUUGAAGCCUGUGAGCUUACUCGAGACCAACUCAGCAACAUCACUCAUAGAGGUGUUUUUAUGGCUGUUUUCAAUACCUAUGUAUCUGCUUGUGUUGUCUGUUUGGAGAGUCCAAGCCUUAAAGACUACCCUAAAAUUUGGCUCCAGGAAAGUUUGGAUCUCAUCAAGGCUAAAACUCAGUUCGUUUCGAGAAGAUCAGGUGGACUUCCCUUUUUAAUUACCGGAGCUAUCAUUGCCCACAAGAAAACUGGUGUAGAUGAGAUAAUUGAUUCUACCAUGAAGAUGCUCAUCGAAUAUACCAAAAUUCCACUCAGGGAAGAAGACCGUGCCAAAGCAGGAUUCCCUCAGGUUCACGCCUUCAAUUGCAUCAAACAUCUCUUCCUUGAAUCGGCCUUGUUUCCAUCAGCGAAGAGGUACUUAAACGAAGCGCUCAGUCUUGCAUUGGAAAGUAUCGACUCACCAGAAUGGUCCAUCAAAAACGCAGCUUUGAUGCUUUUUACAUCACUUCAAAACAGGAUUUUUGGCACCAACAUGGUCGACAAUCUGCUUUCUGGCAUGAAGACAUCUGUGUUUUUCAGCAUGUACCGAGACCUUGAAGACAAAUUCUACUCCCGCUUAUCGAAAUUCGGAGAAAAUGAAGGAGGCUCAGUGGAGAGCAUUCUCUCCAUCUUGACCAUUUUAGAGAGACUUGAAUGGAGUGGUACUGACGAGAGUCUCUUCAACAGCUUUUACACAUUGCUUCAGGACAGGUACUUGAGUCACCAGAGGUGGAAAAUACGAGAAAUGACUGCCAGAGUGUUGUACAAAAUGGCAUUGACGACGAACAAGGAAAAGGCUGUUGAACACUGCAUCACAGGAGUCUUCUCGUCGAUGUCGAUGAACAAGAUCCAUGGGUUUCUCUUGCUAGUGUCGAAAUUGUCUCGAGAAGUACGCAUAAAUGACGAGGACAUGAGAGACGUUUUCCAUUUUGUUCUGAAGCUCAACAACUGGCAGGUCUUCUCAGUUUGGCUUGACAUGUUGCCAGAGGAUCCUCCACUGUCGUUAGUUGAACCUCUUGGAGAUCUCUUUGUGCAAAAGCUUAUUGAAGAAAGCAAGAAGCCGAAUCGGGCAAAACAGUCGACUUUAGCAAAGGUUGUCAAAAUCUUGCACCAUUAUCACCUCAAGAACGAUAAAGCCGAGGUGGCAGAAGACCUUCUUCUUCUUGCACUUGAAAGCGAUGCAUAUGUGAUUCAAGAACUGGUGAUUGAGUGUUGCCAAAAGCAUGAAAAAUUGUCUCACAGACUUAAAGAAACAUUGGAGCAAUUAGCACAAGCGCCACUGACUUGGAGCUACACACGUGUGAAGGUUAUUGAACUUUUGGUGGCAGCAGGAUCCAACCAACGGAUCAAAACGCCCGAUACAAAGUGGUCACAAGAACUUCAAGUCCUUGACCUUGCUGCUCAGAGUGUGCCAGAUAUUUGGCAACUUGCUAGGUAUUUACACUCGUAUGAAACUGACGAGACGAAUCUCCUCUGUGUUGAAGUGUUGGAGAGACUCAUGAGACCGAAAGAAGAGCUCGAUGGUGACUACAUCGAAGAUGUGAUUGUUCUUUUGCUUAUUUCAUGCAAGUCCGAAUGCAGACCCGCUCGUCGGAGGGCGGCGGACGUUUUGAGCCGUUCCUUUAAUUUAUCGAGUGAUUGGAGUACGACUUAUACCUUCAGGAAGGCCCUUGAGGCCUAUGGCGAUUUUGGGGGAAGAGAAGGAUCCAUAUUGAGAAACUCCCUCACGCUGUACAGAACAGGAUUUGAAGAAUUCACCAAAAAGAACCAAUUGGAUCUCGAUAGAGACGAUCUUUAUAUGAAUGAGGCGAUGGUGCAUUCAGAGCUCUCAAGAAGAACCAAGAUGGACGUCAGUGAGGAUGUCGAUAAAGUGAUGCAGAUCAUUCAAAAAUCACCGCUCCUCAAAUCCUGGGAGUACGAUUACCUGUUUGAUGUCAGUUUGCACAAAUUAAUGAAUUUGGUCUCCGAGGCAGAUAAAGAGAGACUAUUAGAAGCGCUUAAAAGCAUCGACUACUGCUACCACUGA